GGAAAGUGUGAAUGUGAGAAGAGAAAGGUGUGUGUGUGUGUGUGUGUGUGUGUGUGUGUGUGUGUGAACAUUGGUAUGUAUCUUUGUAUGUGUGUCAUUCACCCCACGGUAUGAGCACGUGCUGAACUCAUAAUGGCCACCCAGUACCCUCCCAGAAAGAGCUCAUAAAAUACUACUGAUCUAUGGGUACAGCUGCAUGGAACCUCAUACACCACUCAACUUUCCCUCAGAAAAUGAGUCCUGAGCAAGGCAUGAACUGCUGCUGGGUGACAGUCAGGAGUUUUUCUUACUAUUGUGUGAUGGGCCAGUCCACAUACCUUAAGGCAAGCAAGGUGGGAGGAAGACUAGGGUGGUUGCCUGCUGGUGGGCAACCUUAAUGCUGGUGGCGAGGGAGGCUCUACUGAGGGCAGGAGGACGCCAACUGUCCAGGGCACUGAGCGGGCUUCACUCGGCUGACGGUAGCCCAGGCAGGUCUUGUGGGUCAACAGGAGGGGCUCGGAACACCUCCAGCAACACAGCAGCCCCAGACCCUCUUGUAGUGUCCUCUGCCCCAGGAACCAUCAUGGCCAACACUGAGGGUGCCUUCCCCACGCUGGAGAAGCUGAGACUUCUCGGCAAUAAAAGUGUGCGCAUCAAGGACCCGACCCACGUCGAGGCACUGCUUAGCACCAUAGUAGCCGGUGGCUUCCCCAAACUUCAGUUCGUGGUGGACUUUGACUUCACGCUGACCAGGGUUCACUACAAAGGCCAGCCCUGCCACUGCUCCUGGGGCAUCUUGGACAACAGCCUCGAGAUGCCCAUGUAUUACCGCGAGGAGGCCAACAGUCUCUUCUCUAAGUACUACCCCAUCGAGAUUGACCCCAAGAUGAUGGAGGAGGAGAAGAUUCCCUACAUGCUGGAGUGGUAUGGCAAGAUCCACGACCUCCUUGUCAAGUGUAACCUCAACCAGGGUUCCAUCAAGGGCAUGGUCUCGACAAGCACAGUCAUGUUGAGGGACGGAGCGGCGGACCUUUGCAAGAGGCUGCACCAGGCGGGGGUGCCCAUCUUGGUGCUGUCAGCAGGCAUGGGGGAUGUGCUGGAGCAUGUCCUCUGGUACUUCAACAUUUACACUGAUAAUGUCAAGGUGGUCUCAAACUUCUUUAAGUAUAAUGAAGAGGGCAUUAUGGUGGGCUUCAAAGGAAAAAUAAUUCAUGUGUUCAACAAAAAUGAAGAUGCCAUCCAUUCCUCAAACUACUUUGAAAAGCUGCGCCUCAGAACCAACGUGAUACUGAUGGGAGACUCAAUAGGGGACGUCAAGAUGGCCCUCGGGGUGCCCCAGCCAAACAGUGUGCUCAAGAUUGGCUUCCUGAAUGGCAAGAUCAGUGAGCGUCUGGAGUCCUUCAUGGAGAAGUUUGACAUUGUGCUUCUUGAUGACCAAACCAUGGACUUGGCCAAGUCAAUUGUAGACUUGAUGGAGUCAUAAACAGUCAGUGGCUGCCACCACCCAGUGGACCAGAAGGCAAGCCAGAAACUUUUGUAAUGGAUCUAGUGACGAAGGGCUCACCAUUACCUAACAUGUAUUUUUAGUUUAGUCACCGUGUGACUUAAUUUUUGUUGCAAUCUCUUCAAUAGGGUUUAGUCACAUUAGGAAUGGUAUAUAAUCAGUGAUAUACUUAAAAGUCCAUGUUGGAAGGGAAUUAUUUUUGUGCUGAUACAGCUCCACUUCCUUACAUUUUAGUGAACUGAGUGUGUCAAAGACGUCACAAAGAACGGACAUACCAAAGCACAAUUGUGUAUUUACCAGGAAAAUCAUUAGUAAAAAGAAGUUACCAUUAUUUUGAACCAAGGAAUUGAUUAUUGUUUAGAAUAGUUACAAAGGUUUAUUUAGAGGAGCUGUAUAUUUAGUAGAAUUAGGUUAUUAGUAUUUUGAAGCAAUGAAACAAAUUACUAUGGAGAAUAUGAGUUACCAAGCCUCCUAGUUACUUAGUUUUCACAGUUACAAAUUAAUUAGUUUCCUUUUAAAUUAAACUAGUUAAUUGAUGAAUUUUUUCUUUACCAAGAAAAUCAUAGUUACUAUUAUACUGAAACAAGAAAAUUUAUCAGUUUUGAAACUUUUCAAUUACAAAAUAUGUUUUGAUAAUGAAAUAUGUACACUUAGAAGUGAGGCUUUUGAAAGGUAAUUAUAAACAAAGACAAUAAAUAUUGCUAGUUAAGGGAACAAAGUUUGUAUUUGUAUUUUGUGAUAAGCUGGGUGGUUAGGAAUGCAGGGCAGCAGCAGGGGAAAUGUAGUUUUUAUAAGGUUUUAUUGUGGCAUUUUGAAGCAGUCGGUCUCAUUACUUCCUCAUCAGGUGAUUAAGUAGUUGGAAGUUAGCAGAGACUAACAUCCCUGCAUUUGUAAAUGUGACCUUUAUAUCCUCAUUUAAGUUAUUUGAUUGUCUCCAUGUUGCUACAGUAUCUCCACUUUUUCUUAAAGGAUAAAUUUUUACAAAAUUUGGUUUCAUUGCACUGUAUUGUUCAGGGAUGUGAUUGGGUCUUUGAUUUCAUUUCUUGUGACCACUAUGCAUACGUAACUCUUGUCUGUCAAAACAGAGCUCGUUCUGUGCGGUGAUGAAAGGAUCAUGUAAUUGCUGUGGCCAAGUGCGCCAUACUUUUUGGGGAGAAACAGGAUAGUUACAUAAUAUAUUUGCUUAUUAUAACUAGCUUUUUACAAGCAAAUUUAAAAAAAAUAUUUUAAUUGUAAACUAGGUUUACCUUAUAAUGCUUGUCCAUUAAUUCUAGUCAUGGUUAGACACCCCCAAUUUUCAAACAGAUCUACGUGUGAUUCUCACGGGUCCGCUAUAAUGAUGGGAAGAAGGGAGAAAUCGCAUCCUGGACAUAAUUAACUUGAGGAGUUAGAUUAUUGGUUUACUAUGAUUUUCAGGGUUUGGGUUGUGUGCUGCACAUCAUGAAAGUGGUUGCCUGUGCCUCAUGUUUAAAUAAAGUGAAUUACAUA